GGAUCGCACGGAGUCAGACACGACUGAAGUGACUUAGCAGUAGGGUAGGGAAAGCUAAAAUGAGUUGAGACAUGGGCUUGGGGGCUCAAUUUUCUCAAGUGGUUGAACCCAGAAAAAUGGGUGUGGCCUCUGGUGAUCCCUUUGCCUCCUCUUGUCUGCAUAUGUACAAGAAAAAUGUUAAACCUCAGUCAGUCUCUCUUUGACUGUCUAUGGCUCACUCUCUGUCUGUCUCUCUUCAAGGAGGGGGAAUGAGAAGCAAUGGGGAGGGGUGACUUCCACCUGCUGGAAGCCCAGGCAAGGCUGGGAGGUGAAGGACAGGAAACAGAUUUUAGAUGCUGCUCAGCUUCUGGCCUGAGGGAGUCACAUCCAGGGGGCUCACACAGCACAGAAGCUUCUGCUCCUUUCUGUCCUGCUCCAAGCCCAGGUUCCCUGCUGGGUCAACAGUGGAUGGAGAUGAGUCCGUGAGCUGGAGAGAAGCUAGGUUCUGAAGAACAGGGAGAAAGACCUGUUGGGAGAGAGGGGCCCGUGAUGGCUGGAUGCAUUUAUAACUUGGCCCAGGAUGCAAGUUCACAGCCAGGGUUCCAGGCACCCUGACCUGUGAUGAUCCACUGAGAUAGAGAGACGGUCUUUCUUACACUGCAGCUCCCAACUCCCUCUAGAUUGUUACUGGUUCCAUCCCCCAAAUGUUUCCCUCCAGUGACUCAGGGAGCUCAGGGCCUCCAAUAUGUUGAACUGGCUCAGCCCUUCAGUUCCCCAGCUCCUCCCUGGCGCUUUGUGUUCUCAGCAUGAUUCUCCAGGUUCCUGUGGGUGCCUGUAGGAUUCUGGUGAUGGGGAAGCAGAAGACAGUGAUGAGGGCUUCCCAGACUAGAGGAAGGAAGGAGCGAAUCCUGCUGGAGGGUUGUGCUCAGGUGUGUUUGCCUUGCAGCCAGGAGAGAAGCCCAAGGACAGUCCCUUUCUGCUCCCCCGUCACAUCUUCCUCUCCUCCCUCCAGCUGUGUCUCACAAACCCAGCCCUCCUCCACUUUGUGCCCCAACCUUGAACCUGAGUGUUUGAUUUGGAACAGGAAGACAGAGGCUGACGUGCACCACUUAAAGUCCAGGUUUCUACCUCAGUCCCACCUCCCAAGCCUGGUUUGACCAUUGCCUGCACCCAACCUCCACUCCCUGCCAAUCCCUUCUCCUUGGCUGCUUGUCUUGAAUUUACCCAUCAUGCCACUGCCCAGAAGGACCACCCAGAGCCAGGAACCUCCAGAGACUGAAAGAGGCAUUGAGUACCCAGGUCCUGUCUGUCUGUCUAUCUUGCAUUCUGCAUUCCGAUUGAAGAGGCUGAGGACAACCAGGAGUUUUAGAGAUGUUCAUCUUCAUUUUUCUGUCCUUGUGGACUCCUCUGGUGAUAGGUAGGGAGGAAGGUGGUGCUGGGAAUGAGGAGGGAUUUGGGAAGCAAUGUCAUCCCAGCCUGCCUCCCCGCUGCCCCUCCGGAUCCCCCAGUGUCCAGCCCUGGACAUACCCUGACCACAGCCAGCUAUUUGCAGACCUGAGCCAAGAAGAGCUGACGACUGUGAUGAGCUUCCUGACCCAGAAGCUGGGGCCAGACCUGGUGGAUGCAGCCCAGGCCCGACCCUCAGACAACUGUGUCUUCUCAGUAGAGCUGCAGCUGCCCCCCAAGGAGGCAGCCCUGGCCCACCUGGACAGGGGGAGCCCCCCACCUGCCCGGGAGGCACUGGCCAUCGUCUUCUUUGGCGGACAACCCCAGCCCAAUGUGACUGAGCUGGUGGUGGGGCCGCUGCCCCAGCCCUCCUACAUGCGGGAUGUGACCGUGGAGCGUCAUGGGGGCCCCCUGCCCUACUACCGACGCCCCGUGCUUCUGCGAGAGUACCUGGACAUAGACCAGAUGAUCUUCAACAGAGAGCUGCCCCAGGCUGCAGGUGUCCUCCACCACUGCUGCUCCUACAGACAAGGAGGAGGGAACCUGGUGACCAUGAACUCAGCUCCCCGUGGCGUGCAGUCAGGGGACAGGGCCACGUGGUUUGGCCUCUACUACAACAUUUCUGGGGCUGGGUUCUUCCUGCACCCCGUGGGGUUGGAGCUUCUGGUAGACCAUAAGGCUCUGGACCCUGCCCAAUGGACCAUCCAGAAGGUGUUCUUUCAAGGUCGCUACUAUGAGAGUCUGGCCCAGCUGGAGGAGCAGUUUGAGGCUGGCCAGGUGAAUGUGGUGGUGAUCCCAAACAAUGGCACAGGUGGGUCCUGGUCCCUGAAGUCCCAGGUGCCCCCGGGUCCAACUCCCCCUCUGCAGUUCCAUCCUCAGGGGCCCCGCUUCAAGAUCCAGGGCAAUCGAGUUUCCUCCUCAUUGUGGACUUUCUCCUUUGGCCUUGGAGGUUUCAAUGGUCCUAGGAUCUUCGACAUCCGCUUCCAAGGGGAGAGAAUUGCGUAUGAAGUUAGUGUCCAGGAGGCCUUGGCCAUCUAUGGUGGAAAUUCUCCUUCUGCCUUGAGAGGCCGAUAUGCAGAUGCCAACUUUGGUUUGGGGUACUUUUCCACACCACUGAGCCGAGGGGUGGACUGUCCCUAUCUGGCUACCUACGUGGACUGGCAUUUCCUUCUGGAGUCCCAAGCCCCCAAGACACUACGAGACGCCUUUUGUGUGUUUGAGCAGAACAAGGGCCUGCCCCUAAGGCGACACCACUCAGAUUUUCUUUCCCACUAUUUUGGGGGCGUUGUGGAGACAGUGCUGGUCUUCAGGUCUGUGUCCACGAUGCUCAACUAUGACUAUGUGUGGGAUAUGAUCUUCCACCCCAAUGGGGCCAUAGAAGUCAAAUUCCAUGCCACGGGCUACAUCGGCUCAGUGUUUCUCUUUGGUGAUGCCCGAAGAUACGGAAACCAGGUUCGGGAGAACACACUGGGCACCAUCCACACCCACAGUGCCCACUACAAGGUGGAUCUGGACGUGGGAGGACUGAAAAACUGGGUCUGGGCUGAAGACAUGGCUUUUGUCCCCACGGCGAUACCCUGGAGCCCCGAGCACCAGAUACAGAGGCUGCAGGUGACCCGGAAGCAGCUGGAGACCGAGGAGCAGGCCGCCUUCCCCCUGGGAGGGGCCUCCCCUCGCUACCUGUACCUGGCCAGCAAGCAGAGCAACAAGUGGGGGCACCCUCGGGGCUACCGCAUCCAGACGGUCAGCUUUGCUGGGGAGCCACUGCCCCAGAACAGCUCCAUGGAGAGAGCCUUCAGCUGGGCAAGGUACCAGCUGGCCGUGACCCAGCGGAAGGAGGGGGAGCCCAGCAGCACCAGCAUCUAUAAUUUGAAUGACCCCUGGAGCCCCACCCUGGACUUCAGUGACUUCAUCAACAAUGAGACCAUUGCUGGGCAAGACUUGGUGGCCUGGGUGACAGUCGGUUUCCUGCACAUCCCACAUGCAGAGGACAUUCCCAACACGGUGACAGUGGGGAAUGGUGUGGGCUUCUUCUUGCGACCCUACAACUUCUUUGACCAGGAGCCCUCCAUGGAUUCUGCUGACUCCAUCUACUUUCGGGAAGACCAGGAUGCUGGGUCCUGUGAGGUCAACUCCUUGGCUUGCCUGUCCCAGGCUCCUGCCUGUGUCCCUGACCUCCCUACCUUCUCCCAUGGGGGCUUCUCCCACAACCAGGUGAUUCUUGGAAUGGGGAAUGUGGCUGGGGCCCCAGAGCCAGGGAGUGUGGAGACAGGAGGGGAUGGGCACUGAGCUGGGGAGCCUGUGCCCUCUUCUCCCUCCUCACACCCCGAGGUCCUCUCUUUCCCAUCAUCCUUCCUUGCCUCCUCUCCCUGCUGGGAGCAUCCUGAAUCUGUGAUGCCUGAGACAGGAGCUUCUCAGUUCUGUGGAUCCCAACCUGCUGGGUUCCUGUCACAGAAAGGAAAGGAAUUGCCAGCAAGGAUUCUGGAGUCAUGGCUAUACUUUCCCCAGAAGGCUAUUUUUUUUAAGUUUUUAAAAAUCUUAUUCUUUAAAUAAGAUAUGAUUCAUAUACCAUGAAGUUCAUGCUUUUAACAUGUACAAUUUAAUGGGUUUUAAUAUAUUCAUAAAGUUGCAUAACCAUGACUACUAUCUAAUUCUAGAACAUUUUCAUCACCCCACAAAUAAACUCCAAAUUGUGUUAACUAUACUUUCUAUUUGCCUCCAACCCCUUCCCAAUUCUACAUAACCACUAAACCUUUCUGUCACGACAAAUGUGCCUAGAUCCUGGAAAUUUCACAUAAUAGAUUCAGGCAAUGAGUGGUCUUUUGUGGUUGGCUUCUUUCCCUCAGUGUAGCAUUUCUGAGGGACAUCCAUGCUGUAGCGUGAGUCAGUACAUUACUUUAUGGCCAAACAAUAUUCCAUUAUAUGAAUAGACCAUACUAUGUUUCCACUUUUUGGUUAUGAUGGAUAAUGCUGCUCUGAACAUGGAUAAUGCUGCUAUUGUGUACAA